ACUUAAUCAGCCGUUUCUAAUGCUUGAAUAACUAACUCAAUCUGAUCCUCGAAUACCAUCUUUCAAUUUUAAAGCCCAUAAAAUCUCCUUAUUAUAGAUAUCAAAGUAAACGUGCGUAAGUAUAAAUGAGAAGAAUAUUCAUUGGUUCACAUGAAGUUGAGAUAAAAUCGCGGAGAAGAACUAUUGUUACCUAGAAAUACCUAUAUAUUCCAAAAACUCGUAAUACUAUGGCAAACGACUAUAUACAUAUAUCGAAACAUAUGAGUCACUGCAAGAUGAGACGAUUGAACAUACAAUUUUGGGCAAUAUGUGGACUUAGCUGUAUGUUCAUAGUCGCCGCAGUAACACCAAAAAUAAAGAAGUGGGACGAGGAGCGACAUAGCACACACGAGCAUAUGGGACAAUCGCACUUUCCCUCCACUGUAUAUUCGAAAUACGAGACGAAUAUUACAUAUACCAGAGAUAGCGAUCCCUCAACUCCAAUCACACACCUGCUGGAUGACUUCAGCAUGUCUCUAAUUAAUUUGACUGCGUUCAAUAGAUCCAUACCGCCUGGCUAUAUUGUGGUCAAGAGCGACUCGCUGGUAAUGGGUCCAAAGGUAGAGGAAAAUCAGUGGAAGGAUCUUCUGGCUGAAUAUUGGCUAUCGCUGCUCUGGGUGAUAUUUCUGAUAAUACUCAUUAUAGUAAUGCCCUGCGUAGGCGUUUGCUAUUGCUGCUUCUUUGGUUGGCAGCGCUGCGCUCGGGGCUGCCCCACCUGCGAUUUGCAGUCGGAUAAUCGCUGGCGAUUGGGCUACGGCAUUUUGCUCGCUUUUCUGCUGCUGGGUCUUUUUUUGGGUUUGCUGUUCGCUUAUUCGGCGAACAACUCUUUGGAACGCGGCUUCGAGUAUACGCAGAAGACAAUGCGCCGCGGCAGCGAGGAUACGUGCCGGUUCCUAAAGGAUUGCUCGCAGCAUAUUCAUCAUUUGCUCGUCAAGAACUACCAGGAGAUGCAGACACAUCUGAAUGAUGUUCUAAAAAAUGCUCACACUCACAUGUUUCUGGAUCUCAUGGAUAUUUCUCAGGCUAAUAUGUUGUUCGACCUGGAGCUCAUCUUGAGCAAACUGAAUAAGGCUCUAAUUGACUUCAAGGCUGUCAAAUUCUGGCAGGACGAAUUACUGUUCUAUAAUGCACAAUUGCGAGAUGGCGUUCGUGCUGCCAAGCGUGAUAUUACUUACGCCUGUACAACUCUAUGUGCGAGUCGCAGUUGCUUGCAGUUUUUGAAGACAACUGAAAUCGAGAUGCUGGAUACGUCAUCCUGUCUGCAUUUGGAUGAUCUGCCGGACGUAAGCAACUAUGUGACUGCAGUCGAAAAUAUGAUUAACACAGGCUUACCUGAAAUACCCACCAAGGGAAUCGAGAGAGUUCAAGUUUUGGGAGCGCAGAUCAGCGAAGCCGUAGAGCCGAUCAUACCGCCUAUAUUGACCGAUCUGCAGGCUGGAGAGCUUCUGUUCAGGGAUGAGUCGAAUGUCAUGACCGAAUCAAUUAAUGGGGUAAUCAACAGCAUCCACUUCACCACUCUCCGAUCGACAAAGUCUCUCGAAGAUGUCGACGCCAAGUUUGGCAGCAUGCGCAAUGGCAUCCAUGUCAUAGUGCUCGUGAUUCUCACGAUCAUAGCCGCUGCGCUGAUGGUUGCCUUGGUCUUUGGAUGCUGUACACCUGUAAGGCGGUUUGGUCGCGAUGGAUUCUGGAGCAAAAGGUCGGGCGCCUUAUGCCUCUUACUUGCCAUUAUUAUGAUAUUUAGCGUAUUCUGGCUUACAUCGCUGGUUGGACUAUUUUACUAUAUCUUUGGCAUGGUGACGUACCAAGGAGUCUGUGCUCCGUUUCGCGAUCAGGAGAAUAAUUCCUUUUUCCAGCAAAUGGAUCCGCUAAUUGAUCUCAAUCAAUUCUUGCCAGAAAUCGUGAAGAAUAUGGAUAUCGAAAGGGAACGAGAUUGGGAAGCACGUAGAGCACUGAUAGACAGAAACGAGCGUACAUUGAAACGCAGUGAGGAUAUGAGAAGGAAAAGGCAAGCUGAAAGGGAAACUGUGCCACUCCGAAUGUCGACGGCAAUUAAGGCAUGCGAGGCCGAUGAGUCCGUCUUUAAGCUGCUCCGCAAGAACAACGUCUACAACAUAGAUGAACUAGUUCGACUAGAGGUUUUGACUCAGCACCCACCGCCAAAGGUACCCAUUUUCAAGGAGGAUAUCAAGGAAUUUGUGGUCCUCACGGAAGAGGAGCACGUUCAGUUGAUGAUGGCAGGAUACGGCGAAUUAUCCGAUUACCAUAGUUCGAUAUUUAUAAAAAAUCUUUGUAAUGCAAUAACGCCCGUUGCAUUGCCCAAAGUCAUCCAGGAUAUCAGAGCGCUAGAGGCCAGCCUAAAAAGCGAUUGGGGUCGCUAUGAUCUAGCCAAAGUCUCCUUGACCAAUGCAGCGAAUGAUCUGGAGCGAUACCAUGUUCAUCUAGUGGACAAGAUCAUGACCCUUAUGAGAAACAUUAAGGAAAAACUGAAAGAAAUCGAUAAUGAUAUACUAUAUGAAGGACUGCCAUUUGGCGACACAAUGCAAGGUCUACAAGAAGCUAUAAAGCGCUCCCAGGAGUUCAUUAGAACCAGGGCCGAGGGCUAUAUUCAAUAUCUGCGUACAAAUCUAACUAUUUACGUUGACGACGAGGUGUCCGGGUUUAUGGAGAGGGUUAUGUACAAUUGUGAAAAUGAGGUCGGCAAGUGCAGGCCCCUAGCCUACAUCUACUACACAGGGGUCGACUUGAUCUGUCGUCGUCUUGUCUAUCCCAUGAAUGGCUUCUGGGUGGGCCUGCUGUUCAGUGCGUUGAUCCUGUUGCCCACUCUCUAUGUGUCCCAUCGAUUGAUAUGCCUGUACAACAAGAUGUAUCCUGGACCACCACAACCCGCAGUCCAAUGUCGAGCCUGCGGUGGAGUCUCGCUUGUGGCUGAUGGUAUGAAUAGGCGGGCGCCGAUCUGCAUCCUUAACGACGACAUGGCUGAUAAUCCUGCCGGAUCUGAGACCACAGUGGUUGAAGUGACUGUUGAGCCAUCAGCCUCUACGGAGACAAUCAAAUCAGAUACGUCUACCUUAUGCAACAGCAGCAGCAGUAAGCACAAACAGGACUAGACACCGAACUCUAUGCACUCUACAGUUGUGGCAUGGGACUCCGAUUCGCACUCACUCUAUAGUUGCUGGUUCUAGAAAUGUUUUCUUUGAAUUUUAAUAUUAAAGUGAAUUUUUGUUUAGUUUAAAUGCUUGUGGAACCGACUCAGAGAGUGAGAGUACUUCAACAGGGUUCCUCCCUUGAAAUACACGUGUAUCUAAUGAUAUAUGCAGCUGGCCCAGUUAUGCUAAACAUACGACUUAGAUUAUCGUGUUGCUCAAGUGAUAAAAUGUUCAGAGCUUCGCUUGAUUCAUAUACGCAAAUAAAGAUCAUCAUACCCAUUGUGUUUAUUGUGGGAUUGUCUUAUUCGUACUAUGACCCUCUAAAUAUACAUAUAUACAUCAUUUCUCGACUCGGUUGUCUGCAUAAAAAAGCUCUUGAUUUCAUUAGAACAUAUCCGGUAGCAGACAUAAAAAGCGCCGCGUCAUGCUUUUGGCCUCUCAUCAAUCAUAAUAUAAUUAAAGCGUGCACCAUAUCUAAUCUGACAAGAGGUUGCGAACAAACCUA